AUGCAGGCCAAGAAGCGGUACCUGCUCAUGUCUGUGGGGGCCGGUCUCAUCUUCCUCGUCUACCUUUGGGGUCUGCAAAUAGGGGACUUCCAGCAGCAGACGUACCAAUAUCCGCAGCUUCCCCAGUAUCACCCCUACCGCCAGCAGGAAUAUCAGUUCUACUACCAGGAUCAGGUGGCAUACCACCCCCAGCCUCUGCCCCAGAGGCGUCCGUCCAGACCGGCCAGACGCUGGCCAGAGUCAACCGAGCUGCUGCAGCCGUAUCUGGAGGGAGGAGAGCAGGAGGAGGAUAGCCCUCAGCUCCAUCACCAGCACACUUCACCUCGUGAACGACGGGCGAUCCGUGACAACAUCUACAGGUACAAACGUUGCCGUAUGGAAACCUGCUUCAACUUUGCUCGCUGCCAGUCAGGCUUCGGAGUUUACAUCUACCCUCCCCAGAGAGGGGACGAGGUCUCGGAGACCUACCGGAAGAUUCUGUCCUCCAUCGAAGGGUCUCGCUUUCACACCACGGACCCUUCACGGGCCUGUCUAUUCAUACUGGCUGUGGACACAUUGGACAGGGACCAACUGUCCGUUCAGUACGUCCAGAACGCCAGAGCCCGAAUCCACAGCCUGCCAACAUGGAAUGAUGGCAGGAACCACCUGAUAUUCAAUCUGUACUCUGGCACCUGGCCGGACUACACAGAGGAUCUGGGGUUUGAGGUGGGCCAGGCCAUGUUGGCCAAAGCCAGCGCAGAUGUAAUCAACUUCCGACCCAACUUUGACAUUUCCAUCCCUCUGUUCUCCAAGGAUCACCCCCUUAAAGGCAGGGGCACAGAUCAUGUGACGCUGACUGAUGCCCCACCUUCCAGGAAGUACCAGCUGGUUUUUAAAGGGAAGCGGUAUCUAACCGGCAUUGGUUCAGAGACGAGGAAUGCUCUCUACCACAUCCACAAUGGGGAAGAUAUUAUUCUGCUGACCACGUGUAAACAUGGCAAAGACUGGGAGAAACACAAGGAUUCCCGCUGCGAAAGAGAUAAUGAAGACUACUCAAAGUUUGACUAUCAGGAGCUGCUUCACAAUUCCACCUUCUGCCUGGUGCCACGGGGCCGACGUCUGGGAUCCUUUCGCUUCCUGGAGGCCUUACAGGCUGCCUGCAUUCCCGUUAUUCUGAGCAACGGCUGGGAGCUUCCCUUCUCUGAGGUGAUUGACUGGAGGAAGGCUGCCAUCAUUGGAGACGAGAGACUGUUGUUACAGGUUCCCUCCAUUACCCGAUCUGUGGGCCGUGACAGGAUCUUGGCUCUCCGCCAGCAGACUCAGUUCCUCUGGGACGCCUACUUUUCUUCUGUAGCCAAAAUAGUCUUAACGACUCUGGAGAUCAUCCAGGACCGUGUGGAGUCUCACGUGUCUAGAAACUGGCUGUUUUGGAAUUCUCUACCUGGUGGUCUCUACGCUCUCCCGCAGUACUCAGCUGAUCCUGCUCAGUUCCCCUUUUACUACGCCAUUCUGGGUAAGAGCCUGUCGCAGCAGUUCACAGCUGUGAUCCAUACGGUAACUCCCCUACAGUCCCAGAUCUCCCCAGUGGUGAAGCUCAUUCUCGCCGUAGCCAAGUCCAAGUUCUGUGCACAGAUUGUGGUUUUGUGGGACUGCGACAAGCCUUUACCUCCUAGCAACAAGUGGCCCUCCACCAGCGUGCCUCUCACUGUCAUCGAAGGACAGACCAAGACGAUGAGCAGUCGUUUUUUCCCUCAUGACAUUAUCACCACUGAUGCUGUUCUCAGUCUGGAUGAAGACUCCGUUCUGUCAACUAAUGAGGUGGAUUUUGCCUUCACUGUAUGGCAAAGUUUUCCAGAACGUAUUGUUGGUUAUCCAGCAAGGAGCCACUACUGGGAUAGCUCCAAAUCACGCUGGGGCUACACCUCCAAAUGGACUAAUGAUUACUCCAUGGUCCUCACAGGAGCAGCUUUCUACCACAGAUAUUACAACUACCUGUACACUCACUACAUCCCAGCCAAGCUGCUGACUAUGGUGAAUCACAUGGCUAACUGUGAAGACAUCCUGAUGAACUUCUUGGUUUCAGCUGUCACCAAGCAACCACCAAUCAAAGUCACACAAAAGAAGCAGUACAAGGAAACAAUGAUGACCCAGGGAUCCAAGGCAUCGCGAUGGGCGGACCCAGACCACUUUGCCCAGCGACAGACGUGCGUGAACACCUUCAGCCAGUGGCUGGGUUUCAUGCCCUUGGUGCACUCCCAGAUGAGACUGGACCCUGUGCUGUUCAGGGACCAGGUUUCCAUCCUGAGGAAGAAGUACAGGGACAUUGAGAGGCUCUGAGCACACACGGACAAAGGCCAGGCCACUGAGGCAAUGGGGGAGCAUGGGUGUUCUUGGGUUUUUCGUCUUCAAGUGCACACGAAUAUAUACUCUGAAUGGACAUUUUUGAGAUGGACAUAGUCUUAAAAACAUUUGUAAAAAGAGAGAGAGAAAACAGCAAGGUUAUAUCAAACAGUUUCUUUACACAAAAAAAUAUAAAGCUUUUGUAAUGGUGGGCAAUUCUGUAGACCUGCCAUCUCUGAGUUCAUAUAGAUUUAAACCAGUCAGCCACAGCAUUAAACCAUCUGUCUAAUGUUCUGUAAGUCCUUUAAAGGUCCUCUGGUAAUGUCCUGUAGUGUUUACGACCAAAACGACGCCAGCGGAUCCAACUGUUUUUUGUAAUAUUUUAUUUUAUUUUUUUAUACAUAAAAUACUUGCUCCACACAUCCUGCAGAAGCAGUCAGAUAAGAUCGGCUGUAUCACUAAGUGCUGUUGCUAUGGAAGACCUAUGUGGGUGGCAAAACUACAUGUUUAUGUGAGUGUUGAAGUUAUAUUCACAUAAAUGCCAGAGGACCCAAGGUUUCCCAGCAGAACAUUAUAUUGUGAUGAGAUGAUCAAGACUUUAAUCUUGUGGCUGACUGGCGUUCGUGAACAUACAGAGACACUUGCAACAAAGACUUAGAAACACUCUAGCCACUGAUGACUGCAGACGUACCGUUUGUGUUGCAUGGUUUCAACAAGAUAGCUGCACUGGGUAAGACCUGAAAAAAUAAUAUAUGGCAAGAAAAAAAAAAAUGUUUAUUGUUAAAAUUGUCAAAAUGUAAAAGAGGUUUUACUUUUUUGAAGUACUGUACAUAUGUACAGUCAAGACUCAUGGUGGACAAAAGGAACAAUCUCUAGCUUCUGGGUUGGGCCAUGAUACAGCUGCUACCCCAAAAACCUCAACAGACAAUGACAAUA